CACGGUUCAAAUUCCAAUUCGCCAAGAUUGCUUGUCAUUGCUUCUGUCAUUUCACUUUUCAUUUCAUUUUAUUACGAAAAGUUGAACUGUUGUCCCGUAUUUAAAUUAUUUUGUGAAAUACAUAAUUUAAUUGUAAACAGUGGGACUUUUAUUUACUUUAUACAAUAAUCAACUUGCUGUUUAAAAGUGUGUGCUUGAAUCACAACUUGAUUUCGAAACAAAAUAUUCCGCAGUGGUCAUCAAAGUUCAGUCGUCUUUGUGCAAUCGAGGUAAUUAUCAAAUCAAAAUGCCUAGGAAAGUUUACGUAGUCGGUGUUGGUAUGACGAAAUUCGUCAAGCCUAACAGUGGCAAAGAUUAUCCUGAUUUUGGUAAAGAGGCGGUCUUGGACGCACUUGCGGAUGCUGGUAUUAAAUAUGAAAGUGUGCAGCAAGCAGUAUGCGGUUACGUUUUCGGGGACUCUACUUGUGGCCAGCGAGUUUUGUAUCAGGUUGGCAUGACGGGCAUUCCUAUUUAUAACGUAAAUAAUAAUUGCUCUACUGGUUCAAACGCUCUUUUCCUCGGUAAACAAUUGAUAGAGGGUGGUCUUGCCGAUGUGGUAUUAGCUGUCGGUUUCGAAAAAAUGGCUCCCGGAGCAUUGUCCGCUGGCACUUUCACAGAUAGAACAAACCCGAUGGACAGGCAUACUCUAAAAAUGGCAGAGCUGACUGAGUUGACAGGCUCUCCGAUGACAGCACAAUACUUUGGUAAUGCAGCAAUAGAGCACAUGAAAAAAUACGGCACUACAGAACUUCAUUUAGCUAAAAUCGCUGCCAAAAACCACCGCCAUGGAAUUAAGAAUCCACGAGCACAGAGUACCAGAGAGUACACUGUUGAGGAGGUUUUAAAUUCCCGUAGAAUCUAUGGGCCUUUAACCAAGUUAGAGUGCUGCCCGACAAGCGACGGAGCAGGUGCAGCAGUCCUUAUGUCUGAGGAAGCAGUUAUCCGCUAUGGAUUACAAAACAAAGCUGUAGAAAUCAUUGGUAUGGAGAUGGCCACUGAUACACCCGCUGUUUUCACUGAAAACAGUUUAAUGAAAGUUGCUGGUUAUGAUAUGACAGCUCUUGCAGCCAAACGUAUCUAUGAAAAGACUGGAAUAAGUCCAAAACAAGUUGACGUUGUCGAGCUGCACGAUUGCUUUGCAGCUAAUGAAAUGAUAACGUAUGAAGGACUCCAAUUAUGUGGAGAAGGUGAAGCAGGGAAGUUUAUUGACGCAGGAGACAAUACGUACGGUGGAAGAGUAGUAGUAAAUCCUAGUGGUGGAUUGAUCGCUAAAGGACAUCCAUUAGGUGCAACAGGAUUGGCUCAAUGUGCUGAACUAGUCUGGCAACUCCGUGGAGAGGCUGGCGACAGACAGGUGCCACGCGCUCGCAUCGCCCUGCAACACAACUUGGGACUUGGAGGUGCAGCAGUGAUCACCAUGUACCGUAAAGGCUUCACCAAUGCAUCCCCCAACCAGGUCGCGGCCAUCGCUGAUAACCCUGAGAAUUUCAAAGUAUACAAAUACAUGAAGAUCCUAGAGGAAGCCAUGAAGACAGACGAAGACCAGCUCAUCGAGAAGGUCAGAGGUGUCUAUGGUUUCAAAGUGAGGAACGGCCCCAAUGGGGUUGAAGGUUACUGGGUUAUUAACGCUAAAGAGGGCAAAGGCUCCGUCUGCUACAACGGUAAAGAUAAAUGCGAUGUUACGUUCACUAUUAAUGACGAGGAUGUAGCGGACUUAAUUUCGGGUAAGCUGAACCCCCAAAAGGCUUUCUUCCAGGGUAAGAUCAAAAUUCAAGGGAACAUGGGUUUGGCCAUGAAGUUAACAGAUCUACAGAGAUCAGCCGCCGGCAGGAUCGACGCAAUUCGCUCUAAACUAUAAAAGAGAAACAAGUUUGAACUGCUUUUUAUACGUCUACACAUGUGCCAACUUUCAACACCAACUUACGUUCCGACUUAGUAACAUACUGCUCGACCUCAAACAUAGUUUAGCUAUGAAGAUAAAGCCAUAGCUACGCAUUUCUGCUCUUAUAAACUAGCAAGGCAGCCUUUUAAUAAUUCGACUGGAUCGGCAUUUUUCCAUAGGAAGAAAGCAAAUCGGCAUGUUUUACAUGCUAGUACUGAACUGGAGUAAUAAGUUAUAACGGGCCCGGCUUAGCCAAUUCUUAAUUAUUUUGUUAACUAAUACAAGUAACGAAGCGGUGAUAGCUUAGAGGGACUUCGGACGGUUCGAUUCACGGCACGCACCCUAGCUUUAAGAGCUAUCUGCGUUUCAAGCAAAGUGUUGGUGUAUAACACACUAACCGUGAAGGAAAACAUAGUCAGGAAACAUGCAUGCCUUCGAACUGUCCAUAAUUUUGUCAAAAGCGUGGGUACUAGUCUUACGUAAUUCGAUACGACCUAAACCCUUCUAAUUCUGAAAAGAGACUCUUGCCCUGUAGUGUGUCGGUAAUGGGUUGAUACUGAUGACGAUUAUGGUUGGUAUGUAAAUUGGAAGUUGGAACGUGUAUAAAUGUUUUAAGCCGGUUUUUUAUGACUUAUAAGUAAUUGUUAAUAAUUGGGCUAUGGACUGGUCUUAGGGCAUUUUAUAUGUAAGAAAAAUACAUAGGUCACAAAGUUGAAUUAACUGACAGCGGUUUUUGAGUUUUAAAAUUGACACAACAAAAAUAUCUUAUUUUGUAUUUUGCUUAACGUUUUCCUGCAUAGCUAUUAUUAAAUAAUGUAAUAAUCCAGGAUAAUGAAAAACCCUGGUUUUAUUACAUUAUUGGUUAAUACAAGGAAAAUAUUAAGUCGUUUUCUGCAGUGCAAUAAUGAAUUUUUUUAAUAUUAAUUAUUAUUAUAUAAUAGUCGUUCUUAUUAUCAUGUUAUUAUUAUGUUUUUCGUCUAAGUAUACUUAUCAUUCCAUUUUGUGAAUUGCACGUGUAUUAAUUAUUA